AUGCGCAAGCGCCCCCCCAUCGCCCUUGAUCCUGCACCUGCCGCGAUGCCCGAGUCAGCCACCCCGCGUACCCCGAACCCCUUCGACGACGACCAGAGAAUGCGAGAGGCUUCUCCUCGCGGCAACAACGAGGGACAGACCCAGGCAAACAAACGGCCUCGCACGGAUUUUGGCACUGCGGCAGUUGUAAGCACGGCCCCGGCUUCUCCUGAAAGGCUCGCGCUGAGGAAAGUCCCCAACCGGCAGGACCUAUGGGAGAGAGAAGCGCAGGAAGCACCCCCUUGCCCUCCUAUGCCGACGAUACCGAGCGGCUGGAACCCAUGGAACUCCCCGUACGACCCGAAGCUCGAUCCCGCGGUCUUCGCGGGGAUGCCGACGGGGCGCGGCGCGAACCCGCACUUCAAGAUGUCGCGCGCGGGUGCAACUCCUCCCCUCCCCCUCCUACCGCACCGCCCAUUCCCGGAGGGACCGUUCGAGAUCGCGCCGAUCCCUGCUGCGGACUUCCGAGGCAACCUGAGCCCUCAGCAGCUCGAGGAACUCGACCGGAUGAGAACCACCGAAACCAUCCUCGCCCUGAUCCCCCACGGGGCAGGAAAGGCGGUCAAUCUCAACGCGUCCACGAUCAUGAAGGACGCGGAGAGCUUUAUCGGAUCCCUCGCCUUCGAGGAGAACGAUAGGAUGGCCUACCGGGUCACUGUGCACCCGCCGGACAUGCGCAACAGGGCGGGCGGGUGGAACGCGAACCCAUUCGGCAAGCCCUGGGUGUUCUUCCUCCAGCUCCCGAAGGACGCCUCUCCCCUCCGAGAUUUCCUCCUGUGGCAGCGCGUCUUCGCGGUGAGCAAGACCGUCUCGUUCACCGUCUACGACCUCGACGAGGAUGUCCAGUGCUGGGACCACCACGCCAUCACCGGGAUGCGGAUCCGGAACGGCAUGUCCCACGGGGAAACCCUCGACCAGAAGGUCAUGCUGCUCACGGCGAUCAAGCAUGACAUCUGCGCGUCCGACAAGUUCCGCGCGUUUGCAGCGAAGAUGGCGUACACGAACCUGAAGCACACCGGAGAUCUCGAGGAGGUCCUCAACACGCUGACGAACACCUUCCACCUCGAACGGACCGAGGCCGUCGACGACUCUGGCAGCAUGAUCCCCGCCUACGUCCUCCUUGCGCGCCCGCCCACAGCGUCGAAGGAGGAAUACAUGGAAUGGUGCAGCUACUUUACGUACGACUCCGUCAACAACUGCGCCCGCGAGGCCUAUCGGACUUCCAUGCAGCGCUUCGACGUCGCCUUCCUCCCCGUCCGAGUCUGGUGCGAACUAUGCAAGUCGCGCAUCCACUGCACCGCGCGGUGCCCGUGGCCGAGCACCGAAGGCUGGCUCGGGACGACUGCCGCAGACCUCGGCGUCCGAACGGCCCCUGGAUCCAAUCCGCCAUCGCUCACCGGCCCAGCCGGUGUCGUCCUCACCCCACUCAUCCUCUCCUUCCGGCAAGCGUCCGCCGCCAUAACCCCAGCGCAGGCCGGUCCCGCUGGACCUGCCGGAACCACCAGAGGCCGAGGCAGGGCAAACAACCCGGGACGCGCGCGUGGCAGAGGCACCGGACGCGGUGCGCACGGGGCUAGAGGCGGGCGGGGCGGGCGCGGAGGGCCGUAA